AGGCAAGGAGAAGGCGCGGGGGCCAGGAAGGGAGAGAGCAGGCAGAAUAACGAAGGAGGACACUGAGGAGACGGUGCCGCAAAAGGAAGGCGGGAGAGAUGCAGGAGCGGGGGCGGGACCGUGCUGCUUGCGGGGCAGGUGGGCGAGAGGCGUGACCACCGCAGGCACCUCUCUCCACAUGCAUUGCUGCAAGUGCAUGCAUGCCGGUCGCCUUGGCUCGGGAGACCGGGUGGAGGUGGGAGGGCCGAGGGGCGCUCCCUCCAGAGACAGCGGCCAAGUCCAGGGCUUCGUCUUGGUGGCGCGGGCGGAUGGCGAGGCUUUCACUCUCUUCAGGGCUGCUUGGACGCUCUUCUUUUUCAAGCUCCGCACUGAAGUCUCCCUGAGGAAUGACUCCGAGUGUAUAUUUGGCCGGAGCUGUCAAUAAUUUAGAAGCCUCCUGGUGUCGCUCUCCUGUGACCGUUGGCACAAAACACAGCAUGUCUUGCUGUUACAUGGCGGUAAACGGGUGUUUUUAAAGCCGUGCAUUGCUACACAUUAAAAAUGUCCACAGAUGCUCCAAGACAAGUAGGAGUGUGGCGGCAAACCAGAGCUCUUUUAUACAAGAACUGCCUUGUUAAAUGGAGGACUAAAAAAAGUAGUGUCCAGGAAGUCCUGCUUCCACUUUUCUUUUUAUUUUGGCUAAUAUUAAUGAGCAUGAUGUAUCCAAACAAGAAAUAUGAUGAGGUGCCUGAUUCUGAUAUUUAUUCUGUGGAUCACUCCAGCAUCUCUGACUUUAUUGUUGGCUACACACCAGCAACUGAUGUGACAAGAAACAUCAUGCACAAAAUGUCUUCAGAAUACUUUGCAGAAGGUAUAAUUACAGAAGAAUUUCUAAGUGAGCCGGAAAUGCAAGAAGCUAGUCUCCGUAUCCCCCGAAACUUUGUUGGUGUAAUUUUCAAGGAUUCUAUGUCCUACCAUCUCAGAUUUCCACCCGAAAAGGUUCCUGUAUCUGCAAUUUAUGAAGAAUCAAGAGCCAGUUGUUCAAGCCCUUCCAAAAGAUGUGAAGCGGAAACUUACUGGCGUUAUGGGUUCACAGCUCUCCAAAUCUGUAUUGAUGCAGCAAUUAUACAGUUGAAGACUAAUCAUUCAGUUUUGGAAGACCUGGAAUUAACAAAAGCUGUCAUGAUGGGAGAGUCUGCCAUUAUGGAAAUAGAUAAUUUCCCUCGUGCAAUCAUUUUAAUUUACCUAGUGAUUGCCUUUUCACCCUUUGGUUAUUAUUUGGCAAUUCAUAUUGUAGCAGAAAAGGAGAAGAAAUUGAAAGAGUUUUUAAUGAUAAUGGGGCUUCAUGACACUGCCUUUUGGCUUUCUUGGGUCCUACUGUACACCAGUCUGAUAUUUGUCAUGUCUCUUCUCAUGUCGGUCAUUGCAACAUUCUCUUCGCUGUUUCCCAAAAGUAGCAACUUUGUGAUAUUUCUUCUUUUUUUCCUGUAUGGAAUAUCCUCCGUUUUCUUUGCAUUCAUGUUAACUCCUCUUUUCAAAAAAUCAAAAUAUGUUGGUACAGUUGAAUUUUUGACAACCCUGGCUUUUGGAUUUGUUGGCCUGGCCAUUGUCCUGAAGGAGGAUUUUCCAAAGUCCUUUGUGUGGUUUCUGAGCCCUUUGUGUCAGUGCACAUUUUUAGUUGGUGUUGCACAGGUUAUGCACCUGGAAGAUUAUGAAGAAGGAGCUAUGUUCUCAAAUUUAACUCAUGGCCCUUAUCCACUAGUUAUUGCUCUUUUGCUGUUGGCUCUGGAUAGCAUGCUUUAUUUACUCCUGGCACUUUAUUUGGAUCAGGUGAUCCCAGGAGAAUAUGGAUUGCGGCGCAGUUCUUUCUUUUUCCUGAAGCCUUCAUUUUGGUUAAAGCGAAAAAGAAAUUAUAAAGAAUUGUAUGAGAGCAGCAUUAAUGGGAGCUUAAAUUUAAAUGAGAUUAUCGAACCUGUGACUUCUGAAUUUCAGGGGAAAGAAGCUAUCAGAAUCAACGGUGUCCAGAAAUCUUUUGUUAAAAAGGGUGAAACUGUGGAAGCUCUGAAAAGCUUAUCCUUUGACAUAUAUGAGGGUCAGAUCACAGCAUUACUUGGACAUAGUGGAACAGGAAAAACAACAUUAAUGAACAUUCUGUGUGGAUUGUGCCCACCUUCUGAUGGGUUUGCAUCGAUCUAUAGAUAUAGAGUUUCUGAAAUAGAUGAAAUGCUCGAUGUAAGAAAGAUAACUGGAGUUUGCCAGCAGUUAGAUAUAUUUUUUGAUGUAUUAACAGUACAAGAAAAUUUAUCCAUAGUUGCCUCAAUUAAAGGGAUACCUCCCAAUUAUAUGAUCCAAGAGGUCCAGAAAGUUUUACUAGAUUUGGAUAUGCAGCCCAUUAAAGAUAACCAGGCCAAAAAAUUAAGCGGAGGACAGAAAAGGAAGUUGUCAAUUGGGCUUGCGGUGCUUGGAGAUCCAAAGGUAUUGCUUUUAGAUGAACCAACUGCUGGCAUGGAUCCAUGCUCACGACAUACAGUAUGGAACCUUCUGAAAAAUGGAAAGGCCAAUCGAGUGACGGUGUUCAGUACCCAUUUCAUGGAUGAGGCCGACAUUGUAGCUGAUCGGAAAGCUGUGAUUUCCCAAGGGAUGUUGAAAUGUGUUGGAUCCUCUCUCUUCCUUAAAACAAAAUGGGGAAUUGGCUACCGGUUGAGUAUGCAUAUAGACAGAUACUGUAAUACAGAAGGUACAGCAUGUUUGAUCAGACAACAUAUCCCUGAAGCCAGUCUGUUAAAACAAAAUGAAGAGCAACUUGUGUAUGCCUUGCCUUUUAAAGACAUGGACAAGUUUUCAGCAUUAUUUUCAGAUCUAGACAUCCAUUCUCAUUUGGGGGUUAUUUCUUAUGGUGUUUCUAUGACGACCUUGGAGGAUGUGUUCCUCAAGCUUGAAGUUGAAGCUGAAAUUGACCGAGCUGAUUUUAGUGUAUUUGAUCCACAGCAAUCUGAGGAGGAAUUGGAUGCAAAAUCUAUUGAUGAGUUAGAGCAAAGCCUACUAAUGCUAUCUGAGACAAAAUCGUGUGCACUAAGCAAUAAGUCUCUUUGGAAAAAACAGGUCUCUACUAUGGCAAAAGUUCAUUUUCUUAGCUUAAAACGUGAAAUUAAAUCAAUAACAGCAGUGCUUUUGCUGUUUACAGUUUUUUUGCUUGUUCAGAUUUUUAUGUUUAUCAUACACCACUAUUUCAAAAAUGCCGUGAUCCCUGUUAAACUGUCCCCAGACUUAUACUUCCUUAAACCCAAUGAAGCUCUCCACAAGUACAAAACCAGUCUCCUCAUUCAAAACUCCACUGGAUCAAACAUUGAUGAUAUCCUCAGCUCUCUUAGGAGCCUGAAUAUACUGACAGAGGUUUUCAAUGGUAGUGAUUAUGGAUCAACCGGCUCCCACAGUACAGCAUUAAAUGGCAGUGGCUAUGUGUCAGUUGCCCCCCACAGUGCAGCUUUAAAUGUGUCUCAUGAUGAUAAGAGCUACAUCUUUACAGUUGCUUUUAACCGUACCAUGGUACAUUCUUUACCUGUUAUGAUGAAUAUAAUUAGUAACCUCUAUCUACGCAGUUUAAAUGUAACUGAAAGUAUCCACAUCUGGAGUAACCCUUUCUUUCAAGAAAUUACUGACACGGUUUUCACAUUAGUGCUGUACUUUGAAGCUCUAUUACUAGGAGUAAUUGUAACUGGGAUGCCACCAUAUUUUGCCAUGGACAACGCAGAAAAUCACAAGAUCAAAGCUCGCACUCAGCUUAAAAUCUCGGGUCUUUAUCCAUCUGCUUACUGGUGUGGACAAGCCCUAGUUGACAUUCCUUUAUUUUACAUUAUUCUUCUUCUGAUGAUAGGAAGCUUGUUUGUAUUUCACCACGGAGUUUAUUUUUUUCCUGAGAAGUUUCUUGCUGUGGUUUUUUGCCUUAUUGGCUACGUACCAUCAGUAGUUUUGUUCAAUUACAUUGUCUCCUUCACCUUUAAAACCAUACAAAACACCAAAGAAUUUUGGUCAUUCAUUUUUUCAGUGGCAGCCUUAGUUUGUUCUGUUGUCAUUGAAAUAGCAUUUUUUAUGUGGUACUAUACAGCAGCCGCUGUUCUCCACACUUGUUUUUCUGUCUUCAUUCCAAUCUAUCCUCUUAUUGGAUGUCUGAUUUCUUUUAUAAAGAUAGCUCGGAAACUUGAUCACAAGAUGGAAAGAAAUUCAGAAAGAUUGCUGGUUUCAGUAGUGGUGCCUUACUUGCAGUGUAUAAUUUGGCUCUUUCUUCUGCGUUACCUGGAAGUGAAGUGUGGAGGCAAAUCAGUAAGAGAGGAUCCAUUUUUCAGAACUCCUGUAAAACUCAAGCCCUGGAAAUUCCCAGAUGUGCCACAUGAUGAAGAUGAGGAUGAAGAUGUUAAGGCUGAGAGGUUGAGGGUUAAAGAGAUGACAACCUGCCAGAGCUGUGAAGAGAAACCAGCAAUUUUGAUCAGCAGUUUGCAUAAAGAAUAUGAUGCGAAGAGAGAUUUUCUUCUUGGAAGAAAAAUAAAGAAAGUGGCAACUAAUCAUGUCUCUCUUUGUGUCAAAAAAGGGGAAAUAAUGGGACUGUUAGGCCCAAAUGGAGCUGGGAAAAGCACACUGAUUAAUAUGCUGGUGGGAGAAGUUGAACCAACUGCAGGCCAGGUGCUGUUGGGAGAUUAUUCUUUGGGUGAGAAUAGCGAGGAUAAUUCCAUGCGAUUUUUGGGAUACUGUCCACAGAUAAACCCACUUUGGCCAGAUAUAACAUUGCAGGAACAUUUUGAAAUUUAUGCUGCUAUCAAAGGAAUGAGUGAAAGUGACAUUAAAGAAGUCAUAAAAUGCAUUUCCAGUGCACUUGAUAUUAAGGAACAUUUACAAAAAAGAACAAAGAAACUUGGAGCAGGAAUCAAACGAAAGUUAUGUUUUGCCUUAAGCAUGCUUGGCAACCCUUAUAUUACUCUGCUAGAUGAGCCGUCAACUGGUAUGGACCCUAAAGCAAAACAACACAUGUGGAAAGCAGUACGAGCAGCCUUCAAAAGUAAAGAGCGAGCAGCUGUUCUGACAACUCAUUAUAUGGAAGAAGCAGAGGCUGUGUGUGAUCGGGUGGCAAUCUUGGUCUCUGGAAAGUUAAGGUGCAUUGGUACAGUUCAGCAUCUCAAGAGUAAAUUUGGCAAAGGAUAUUUCUUAGAAAUGAAAUUAAAAGGAGUGCCAGAUACACAGCAGAGAGAGCAUAUUCAAAGGGAGAUUUUGCACAUCUUUCCAAAUGCAAGUCAUCAGGAAAGUUUCUCCUCUAUUUUGGCUUAUAAAAUUCCAAAGGAAGAUGUUCUUUCGCUUGCACUGUCUUUUUCUAAACUGGAGGAAGCAAAGCAUGCCUUUAAUAUUGAAGAGUACAGCUUUUCUCAAGCAACACUUGAACAGGUGUUUGUGGAGCUUGCCAAAGAGCAAGAAGAGGAAGACAGCAGUUUUGGAACAUUAAAUAGCACGCUUUGGUGGGAACGAGCCCAGGGAGAUCGAGUUGUUUUCUGAUCUAUUCCACGUUGUAGAACUCAACCAUUUCACUCUUCUGGGUUUUUUUUAAGGGUUGCUUUUGUUACGUUGGACUGUUCUCUUCUUUUGAUUGUGUGCACGGAGCACUAUGAAUUGGGAGCAUAGAAAUAACACUGACCCCCGCCCCCAUGCAAUGCAAAAUUGAGCCUGUUCACCUUCUUUGCCUUACAUCAAUGUUGUCAACAUCUGGAAGUGUCUUUGUUUUUGAAUACUCUUAUUACUGAUCUGUAAUUUGCUUUUUUAUAUGUCAAAAGGAACAUUCCACCUCACUGUACCUUUCUGCUUUACUUUGAAAUGAUGGAGGAAAGAAGGCAAUGUAGAAUUUAAUUGUUUGGGAGCAAGUUGUGCCUAUCCUGUUAUAGACAUUAAUAUACUGAAUUUCAACAUGUGGCAUGCAUAGUAUUAUUGGAGAAUUACAAAUGUUUAAAAAAUCUGACUACUAUUUCUGUAUAUGUACUUCAUUUUAUGAAGCUAUAUUUCAAGAAAAACCUUCAGAAGACAUAGCAAGACCAUUUGGUGAUAUCAGUUUGCAGUCUAUAGUACGGUGGUCAUUGGUUUAUUAUGGACAUUUUUGCAGAAGAACAUUUGCUAAAGGCCAUUUUUGCAACUUUACUACCAGUUCCCAGAAGGUUUUGUCACAAUUUUUUGCAUUGCAUGAUUCUUAUGUAACUUAAAUCACAAGAGAAAGCAGUCCCCUAAACUACCUGCCUUUUAACAGUAAUUAUACAGGCGGCUGAAAGCUCAGGUACAGUUUAAUUUCUAAUAAGCCACCAUAUUGAGUAAAGGUAAAGUGUGCCGUUGAGUCGUUGUCAACUCCUGGUGAUCACAAAGCUCUGUGGUUGUCUUUGGUAGAAUACAAGAGGGGUUUACCAUUGCCAUGUCCUGCGCAGUAUGAGAUUAUGCCUUUCAGCUUCUUCCUAUAUCGCUGCUGCCUGAUAUGGGUGUUUCCCAUAGUUUGGGAAACAUAACAGCAUGGAUUCGAACCGGCAACCUCUGGCUUGCUAGUCAAGUCACUGCACCAUUAGGUGGCUACUUAGAGUGUAAGAAGUGUGUUUCUUUCUAAAACACUAAUUCUGGUGGAAAUUCAUGUAGGAAUUUUACUUUAUCAGUUGACUUUUGUAAUGAAGCCUUGCACUAACUGAGCUAGAAUCAGUAUUGAAGUACCUGUUAGUUUACUCAUUUUAAUGCUAUUUUCGCAGGUGUGCUUUAGAAUUAGAGAUUGGUACAUAUAUGCUCUUUACAUACACACACAGACACACCUUUCCCUCUUAUAAACAGUGGCAGCUACUUGCUGCCUGAGGCAAAAGAGGAACUGAUGCCUCCCUGCCACCUGCCCAAUUCUUCGUAAACUAAGGACUAGUUUAUACGGCAGAAUCAAAUGGCUAAUCUUUUUCCUGGACUGCACCAUUUAAAUACUUCCCCAUCUGAAAAUGUUCCUCCACACAGAAGAGUAGCAACUCGGGGAGAAAAAUUCAGUCUAGCAUUCUUCCUGACACACUGUAUUUCUAUGUACAGGAGGAGUUUUCUUCUUUUGUUUGCACUGGAAAAGAAUGCUCCAAUAUGCAUUCUCUACACCAUCCUGAAAUGGUGAAAUCCAGGAAAAGCUUCACUGACCCCAAUGCCUGCCUGGGUUGCUGAGCUUCUGCAAGUUUGCUCCUUUCCCAAUAGUCUUGUUGUAGAUAGUAGAUGGAAAUCACCAGUGCAUACCUGGAAUAUCUUUGUGGUGGUCCAGUAUCCUUCACAACGUGGGCUCUGCACCUGUGCAGUUGCUCCUGCAGAAGGAUUAAAUAGUUGCUUGAAGCCAUGCCAUGCCAUGCACAGAGUGUGUUCGGUAUUCUUGGCACCAGAGCACCUUCUCCCUCAGUUCCUUUCGGUCCAGGAACUGGUGUCCUCUUCCUCGGGGAUUUGCGCCUUCAUCGUCCUCAGUUCCUGGAAAACAGAAGUUAUAUUCAUUGAUUAUUUGGCUUUUUGGACUUCUGGAUGGCUUUUUGACUUUGCUUUGCCUCAUGUUUUGGAUUUCAUCUGCUCUUUGGUCUAAUGGACUCAAAUAAACCUUUAAAAGGUGUUCCUCCUGCCGGGGCACCCUACCCUCUUCCAGUAGGCACUACCUGUGCCUCCUUUGCCUGGGAGAGGACCACAUUGUCCGGUCCUGUAAAAUUUGUCCUUUUGAAAUAGACUUGGAUAAGUCAGGAAUUUCACUUGAGGCCCACCUUAUAUGAGACCACCUAGCAUCCUCUGACCCUAUGCCAUCAACAUUGUCAGCGUCAACACUGUCGAAGCCGGGUUCAGCUUCCAAGCCUCAGCACAAGUCAUCUUCUGAUGCUUUUAAGAAACUGAGGGAUCUCCCUAAGGAAUCCCAUCGCAAGAAGCAUGAGCUUAAGGAGGGUGAUUCCUCACCACUUGCCAAGUGCCCAAAAUAGUCCCCAACGUCUUCAACAUCAUUGCUGACACCACCCUUGACCUCUGUGGUAUCUACCGAGUCGUCGUCUUUGUCUUCAGCUCUCCCACUUUGCACUUCUGCCCUGGAGCCUCAGCUUCGACAUCUACGGCUGUCAGACCACAUUCAUCGUUGAGGUUUUCUGUGUUGCUGCGUCUGCUACCAUCAUUGGUGCUGUCAACACCUACUGCCAUCCAGGUUAUACAUUCUCAUUCAUCUUUGUCUUCUCAAGAAGUAAUUGAAAGACUUUCGUCCGCUCCUUCAUCAACAUAGAGUCUCCUGCUGACUUCACCCAGACCGACAAAAGGAAGUGCUUUUUCACACAACGCAUCAUCAACCUAUGGAAUUCUCUGCUGCAAGAUGUGGUGACAGUUAACAGGAAUGGCUUUAAGAGGGGUCUAGAUAAAUACAAGGAGGACAGGUCUAUCGAUGGCUUCUAGUCUGAGGGCUGUAGGCCACCUCCAGCCUCAGAGGCAAGAUGACUCUAAAUACCAGUUGCAGGGGAGUAACAGUAGAAGAGAGGGCAUGCCCUCAGCUCUUGCCUGUGGGCUUCCCAGAGGCAUUGGUGUGCCACUGAAACAGGUUGCUGGACUAGAUGGGCCCUUGGGCCUGAUCCACCAGGGCUUUUCUUAUAUUCAUAUUAUGCCCUGGACAGCCGCUCUGCAGCUGACGCUGGUUUCAGGCAUGCAGUCCAUAAGAAGAUGCUUUAAUUCCAUCCUUACUCCCACCUCCUUUCUUUUGGCAGCUAGCUAAUCGCCCAUGUUGUGAAGGAUACUGGACCACCACAAAGAAACAGGUUGCACACCUGUCACCUUUGAUCUUUUGGUAGUCCAGUAUCAUUCACAACACCCACCCAGCCUCCCUGCUUAUUGGAUGCUCUUACCCUUUUCCUUACCUGUCUCUUGUGACUGGAGCUUCAACUCCAUGGCGGCCAUCCAGGAACUGAAGGAGAAGGUACUCUGGCGCUAAGAAUACUGAGGGGUAUGACUUCAGAGCACUUCAAGGAGCUAGUGAAUCCUUCCAUGGGAGCAACUGCAGGCACAGAGCACACAUUGGCACAGAGCCUAUGAUUGUUUGGUAGUCCGGUAUACUAGACCACCAAAAGAUCAAAUGUUACAGGUGAGUCACUUGUGUCUCUGCCUAAUCUCCUUUUUAGAUUUAUGUGUCCCUCCCCACCCCCGCAUUUUAGAAGCUCAAACACAUUUCUAAUUUUAAGAAAGUAGACUCCAUCCAGGUUCCCUCCUCUCACUUAAUAAAAAUCACAAACAUAACGCAGUCCCAGGUUUAUUCCUUGGAAGCACCAGGUAGGGGAUCAGAAAGACCUGUCUGAAACUUUAGAGAGAAGUUGUUCAUCGGUAUAUGUAAAGAAUACUGGACUAGGUGGACCAGUGGUCUGACUCAGUAUAAGGCAGCUUCAUAUGCUCAGCUGAAUAAUGUAAAUAUGAAGAUUAGACCUGAGAUGAGGUUACACAGGGUGUAGCUCCAAUACAGUCAACAUGAGCAACCAAUACAUAAUAAAAGUGACCAUAUAUUCCCCAAGAUAAAGCUAGAUCACAUUUCACUCCUAUAGGAAAUGAACAGCUUGCUCAAUGAUAUUAAAUUGUCUUUAAAUGGCAUUUUUUAAAUUAAAAAAAUCAUUCAGUUACAGGAAAUAAUGCAGCUCCUACAUAAUAGAUCAGGUGCCAGCUAACAAUCCUGCUUAAAAAUCUAUCAAAACAGAGGAAAUAAUCAGGAAAUGAAGCAGGCCAUUGUUAAGGUCUCCAAAUAAUGUACAGUUCUGCAGCUCUGAUCCCAGCCAUGGGGAGGAGAGAAAUAGGUGCUGUUGUUGCAGUUUCUACUGUGAAGGGUCACUCGUGUACGUGCUCCGCUCCCCCACCCCACAGGAUUUGUCUUCUUUUGGCGAACUCUCUUCCUGUCAUCAUCAUCCCAGGAGACAGAGAGGCAGUGGACAGAGAAGCAGGAGGAAGGAUUGGCAAACAGAAUGGGAAUGGGCAAUGAGUCCACCAUCCCAUGGAACAGAGAAGCUGCUGGCCCAGUGCUGCAUACACACACACACACACACACACACACACACACACACACACACACGGUGGCAGAGCCCCAAGCCUUGGUGGCUUGAUUUUGGUGAGGUGAUGCUACAGCUGCUGCAGUGGGGGAUGAUCGCGGCAGGGAUGCAUUCUGUCCAGUGCCUGAGGCUGGAGCCUCUUCAGUUUGUCUUAUCAUAGGCAAACACAUUCUGAACACCAGUCAAAUGAUCUCUAACACUGUAGGUAAGAUGGGCAUCAUCUGCGUUUCACUUGCUUGGGAGAAGUCCUUUGCCUGGGCCUUGUCGCAAAAGUGUAUUGUGUUUGCCACUUCAAGCCACUCUGAAUUAGUUUGCCAUUAAGUAAAAUCCAAAUAUAUUUCCAUGUGCAUUUGGUAUAGUGUAAGGCUACUAACUAUAUACCUGUUUGUUUUGAAUGCGAAGUCUAAAUUGUGUCACUGUUGCAAGUUGCACAGAGAAGCUAUACUGCAUGCACAGGUCCAUGUAUAUAGAAUUGGCAUUUGGCACAAAUAAAUACGUUUCUUUCACUCUUACAAAUGCAAAUUAUGAAUACCAAAUGGCUAAAUAUCUUUGUACAUUUUUUAUUAGCAUGCAGCUUGUUAAAUCACUGUAAUAUCUUGGAUAUUUUGUUGAAUUUCAAUGUAACAAGAACUAUCACAAAAUGAAUUUCAACAUAUCAAGAUGUAUCACACAGACUAACUAGUUUUCAAGAUCUGUCUUUGGCUGUGAAAUUGUAUGCACACAUCAGAACUUUGUACUGAUCGUUGUUGUGAUGAUAAUUAAGGUGAUUAAUCCAUUCUAAUAUCACUGGAAACAGAAAAUAUAAAGAAUAAAGAUCUAUGUUUGAUAAAGUUA